GGCCGUUGUUCGGUCAGUUCCAUGCCAAACAUCACCGGAACCGGACGCAGUACAACCGUCGGUCGAGUCGAGCGUUUGUGUGGUAGGUUCGUCACCCUUGGACGGUGUUGGCGUAUCGCGCGUGUGAUAUCGGAGUGUGUUCUUGCAAAUUGCCGCACACCGGAAGCGAAAGUGGGAUAGCGCACAACCGACACCAGUCGGGUUUUUCGCGGCUGCGUGCAGCUCUCGACCGUAUCCGACCAAAUAGCAUCCUCAUCCUCACACAACCGAGAGUGUCCAACGCGGCUCUUUUGUGUCAAAACGAUUCUUCUAGCCGUACCGUUGGCGGUGCAGGAGACACAUCGAGCCGUGGCGGGUGUUACCGUCGAUAGUGUUUUUGUUCUAUUUUUGUAAGUGAUUUCUUACUGUUCUGGCGCAAAUUCGUACAUAUUUUCCGUACCCCGUCACACCGAGUUGUUACCGAAUUUUCGGACAGUGCGGAGAUCCGACCUGUGUCACCUGUGCAUGCUGAGUUAUUACCGCACAGUUGUUUUCCUUUAUUCCCUCCCGGGGGUGCAUGAAUGUCACAAGUGUGCAGGAAAAGUGUACAACACACGGUUCGUGUAUAGAAUGUGCUCUGGUGUAACUGAAUCUUCGUUUGUUUCUUUUUGAAUGCAUCAUCAUCAUGUGCUCGGUACCGUAGCAACCAUAUCAUUUCAUUCACGAAAGGUACAGGUGGGGGAAACAAAUAUUGGCCAAUUUUUUGGUGCAGUGUUACGAAAUUGGAAAAUUCAUGUGUACAAAAAAAUACCUCCCCAGUGACUGAACCACCACACUGCAGGCUAGAAUCGGGUUUUUUGGCGUAAAGCUCGAGAACUCCUUGAAACACCGGGGAGAAGCAUGCCUGAAGUAUGAGCGUUCUAUUUCAAUGCCGUGUCCUGCUUUGGAGCCCUUUCCGUCGUACCACACCCUGUGACAGGAUCGUUCCAGAAAGGGAUCACCGCUAAUCACAGUGCAAUCAAUCAACGUCGGGUGAUACCACCAUUUCACUUCAAUCCGGUUUGCAAUUAUGCCUCACCAGCAGCACAAACCAAUGUACCGAGGUUGCUGAAGAUUUGUCUUCCCCACCUCCCACCCUUUCUGGCCAGUAGCAGUACCGGAACGUUCCGGGGAAGGUCCCAGCAGCAGUAACCCUGCCCUUCUGUUCACAGGGUUACAUUUAGAGUGGGCUACGCCACUUUGAUACUUCCCUCUCGGUCAACGUCUAAUCGGAUCGAAGGACGAUCGAUGGACGAAAGCGUGGCGCGACUACAUGAAAGGACACACCAGGACCAAAUGGCGCAUCAUUAAGCGCCUCUUUCUCUUCUUUACCACCCUCUCAGUUAUUCCACUCACCGUACUCUACCUAAUCACCUCCGAUCAUCUCUACCGAUUUCGUCAAUAUACGUAUGGAGCUAUCAGUGGCAAUGGCUCAGCACGCCAACAGUUGCUACAGUUCCGUGCGCCCAUUCAUCCCCCGGACGGAACAAUUCACCAUCUCCGGUUGGUACAGCAUCGGCAGCACGCACAUGACCGACAGUAUCACGAACACCACCUGCGCAACGUUAAGAAUAGCACAAUCAACAGCCAGUACCGGCUGGACAUCGACUAUCUGAAGCAGCGCAUGGAGCAUCGUGUUGCUCGGUUGCAGAAAAAAUGUACCGAGUACCGAUUGAACGAGUCCAAGCACAACUACAAACCGAAGGCGUGGGAAUAUCUGAUACAGCACGAGUACCAUCUCGUGUGGUGCAACGUGUUCAAGGCGGCCUCCACAUCCUGGAUGUACAACUUUAAUCUUAUGGCCGGCUAUUCACCACAGUUCCUACGAAAGACGAAGGAUGUCCCGUUGCAGCUGGCAAGGCAAAAGUAUCCCCGACCAUCGGUGGAAAAGCUUCAGGAAGCCAUCAACGAAUCGAUAUCGUUCAUUAUCGUGAGACAUCCGUUCGAAAGGUUGGUCAGUGCGUACAAGGACAAGAUCCAGUAUGCGCUACCCAACUCGCAUCAUCACAAGCUGGGUAACCGUAUCAUACAGAAGUACAGGAAAACGGUCAACGGGAAGCCGACGACACUGCUGAAGUAUCCCACGUUUUCCGAGUUUGUCAAUUAUCUGCUGGAUGAGAUUAAACAUCCACACUACGAGAUCGAUAUGCACUGGGUGCCGGUGACGCACUUCUGUACGCCCUGCUUCUUCCAUUACGAUGUGAUAGCGAAGUUCGAAACGCUCGAGGAGGACCAGAACUAUCUCAUUUCGAUCGGGCACCUGGAAAGCGUCAUCAAGCCACAGUGGAAAAAUGCCGGCAAGGGUGCCCACACCAACGAUAUGCUGAUGAAGUUCUUCUCGGAGCUGGACACCGCCCAGAUCCGGGGACUGUACGAUUACUAUCGGUUCGAUUUCGAACUGUUCGGCUACAGUGCCAAGGAGUACUUUAGGGACUAGAGGAAGGUAAACCGGGUACCGGGGAUGGAAGUUGGAAGUAAUGUUUUUAACUAUCAGCAAAAAAAAGCCCAGUUCUAUCCCCCGUUAAAACAAACGCACCCCAAACACAAAUGUUACUUGAUGAUAGAUCACUAGGACACACUCCUUUCAAGACCUCUCUAUCCCCCCUCUCUCUCUCUCUCUAUCUCUCUAUCUCGGUUCUCGAAACCAUGCGUAGAAAACAUUUUGGGGCAAUUUAAGCUAGUGAGAUCACCAUUACGUCAAAUUACUAGUGAUAGCAAGUUCCGCUCUUUCCAAGGAUCAAAUGGAAACCGCCCGCUAAGCUCCCCUUGCACACUGUUGUAACAGCGUGAAUCGGUGGAUGUAGGGUGGCAUUUUUUUUUGGCGGCCUAGCAGUAACAGAAAAGACAAAGACACUACAGCAACAACAAAAAAAGACAACCACGCGGAACAGCUUAGGAUUAGUAGAGGAUAAUUAUAUGAAAUGCAAGCGCCCUGGAGCAAACUAUUUUCUACAUAUUUGAAAGGAUAAUCAAAAACAGCAACAACAAAAAAACCCAAUACAUUAUACAUAUAGAUACGUCCAUUAGCGUUUAAGCGACGGUUACUAAAAAUAUGCAUAUUUUGGUGUAAAUUAUUUCUCGACCAAUUUAUUAUGGUUUUCGAUUUUGCAAAUUCGAUUCGGCUAGGAAGGAUAAUAUGACGAAGAAAAAACCCCGAACAAAAUCCGUUUAAUAUAUAGAAUCGUGGCUCCAUCAUGCUAACCAGGGGAUGGAGCUAGGUAUAUAGUGGUAGGCUACAGCUUUCGAAAGUCAAAGAGGCUUACGAUCGAACCAAAUCGUGAUUGAUAAUAGUUUGUAAGGUAGAUAGCAUGUUUGUUGGCGUAGCGAUUCAGUUGAAUCGAACGCGCAAUAGUUUUAUCGACUUUUUUUUCUUUUUUGGUAUAAUUUUGCGUCUUGAAUUGAUUCGCAAGGAACAAAUUUGCUUCCAUUUUUUUUUUCAAACGUUGGAAUUCGUGCAUUGAACUAGUCAAGUUGGAAAGAUUAUUCUUAAACACGUUCUUUUUCGGUUUGCAUAAAACCUAGCAAUUAGAGCUUUACAGCUGGCAGUUUCCAACGUAAGUUUCAACACCAAAGAUAUCAAUUCCAAGUCAACGCGGUAGAAUGUACAAAACAGGAUAUCAUGAUAUCAGAUCAGCAGAAGAUAAAUAGACAGUUGAAAGGAGGUCCUGUACGUUAAUUUGGCGUCGGUUUAUCAAUUUAGUGAUGAAUUACUAUUUUAACAUACACACCCAAAAAAAAAACCCCCUGUUCUGCUUGCUGAAGUAGAAAUGAUAGCAACCGAUACGAUCAUAAUUCAAAAUUCCAUACAAUUAGAUCAACGAUUUGCUCGGAACGAUUUCACGUAUUUAAAGGCGAGAAGAAAUAAUGCAUUGUAGUUUGAUUCGUUUUUUCAACUGUUCCUUUCCUGAAUCCUAACAUUUGGGAAUUUGUCUCGUAGAUUGUGCAGUAGCAGUACGAAACGAAAUGGCAAUAAUAAAGAUUCUAGCAAAUUAAA